GGAGGCCCAGGACCGGUUCAGAGAAUCGCUAUCACUGCUGGUGUUGCCGGUGUAACAGCACUUGCCCCCAUCUCUUGCUAGAAGUGGGACCCCUUUGUGGGUGCGCGCGUCUCUCCGCAGAGCUCCAGCUGAAGGGCAUCGUGACGCGCCUCUACUGCCGGCAGGGCUACUACCUGCAGAUUCACGGCGAAGGCGCCAUCGGCGGCACCAAGGACGAGGGCAGCCACCUGGCGCUCUUUAACCUGAUCCCCGUGGGCCUCCGCGUCGUCGCCAUCCAGGGAGUAAAGUCCGGCCUCUACAUCGCCAUGAACGUCAGCGGCUUCCUCUACACCUCGGAACGCUUCACCCCGGAGUGCCGCUUCAAGGAAUCGGUGUACCAGAACUACUACGUCAUCUACGCCUCCACCCUCUACAAGCAGCACGAAUCGGGCCGCUCCUGGUUCCUGGGCCUGGGCAAGGACGGAGGGCCCAUGAAGGGGAAUCACGUGAAGAAGACCAAGCCCUGUGCGCACUUCCUGCCCAAGCCCAUCGAAGGUGGCGGCAUGACC